AUGUCACCUGAAAUGAUGAUUUAUAAUCCGCUACAAAUUUUGAUGACCUUUGCAAUACUCAGCAUGUCUUCAAGCAAAGACACAAUACCCUCGUAUAUGCGCACUGAUUCGUAUCUGCAAACAACUUUAUUCACUCCUUCAGUUUCGGCGGCCAAAGCUAAAGACGGCAUAUCAUUUAUAUUCGGAUCAGAAGACUUUUCACACAUAUCACUAAAACCCGAUCACGAAUCACGUCCCCUAUGGAUAUCUCCAGUCACUGGUAAUAUAACCCUCGAAGCCUUCUCUCCAAUCGCAGAGCAAGCACAAGACUUUCUGAUAGCAAUCAGUGAGCCAGUGAGUCGGCCUUCUCAUAUACACGAGUACAAACUCACUCCAUACUCACUCUAUGCCGCAGUGUCUGUUGGAUUAGAAACAGAGGACAUUAUUGAAGUAUUGAAUAGACUGUCAAAGAUACAAAUUCCAGAACAGAUCGUUGAUCUUAUUAGACAAUGUACAUUUUCAUAUGGUAAAGUGAAGCUGGUAUUGAAGCAUAAUAGGUAUUUUGUAGAAUCAUCGCAUCCAGAAACACUUCAAAAAUUGUUACAAGACGACACUAUCGCAGCUGCAAGGAUAAUAAAUGAUGAUUCGCAAGAUAAAUAUUUUUUAAUGAAGAACAAAGCGCCUACUGCUAAAGAUCUUGUCAUUCCUGGAAAGAGAAUAGAGGAUUCGUUAAAAUCUUCAGAUUCAAUGGAUAUUGACACCGUAGACAAAAAUGCCCUUCCAUCUGAUGUAUCCGCCGAAAAUAAUGAUGAUGAAGGUUUGUUCAACACUGUUGUAGAAAUAGACAAGGAGGAUGAGGAAGACGAGGAUGUUGACGAAGUGCACUCAUUCGAGAUCGAUGCUGCACAAUUUGAAAAAGUAAAGAAGCGAUGCAAUGAAUUGGAUUAUCCUAUGCUGGAAGAGUAUGAUUUUAGAAAUGACACUACACUUGCUUCACUCGAUAUUGAUUUGAGGCCGAUCACAGUUAUUAGACCAUAUCAAGAAAAGUGUUUGAGCAAGAUGUUUGGUAAUGGGUGA